AGCUGUCAACCUCGGUGGCAGUACAAUUUAGAGGUUAUGUUUCUUUUAGAAAAUUAACGAAUUUUCAUCAAUUUUUCCACUUAUUUAUAAAAAUACCUAUUAUGGACGAGAGACAAAACGGCCCGAUAUUACAAGAAUUAGUAAAAUGCAUAAAAUUGGAAUCAAAAGGCGGGAUUUUGUCAUGUUUAGUACGACUUAAAAAUGAUUCAAAAUGCUAUAAGCAAUUUGCCAAAGAUGGAGGAUUAGGCAUUUUAGUAAAUUUACUUCAUUAUUAUCAUAAUAUAAAAAUACUAAACAUGACACUGAGUAUUUUAGCGAAUGCUUGCAUGAAUUCAGAUGCGAGGGAAAAGGUCAGAGGCUCUAAAAUAGCAAGUCGUAUAGUUUCUAUAAUAAAACAUAUCAAACUAGAAAAUACUAUACACUGCCGUGCCUGCAGAUUAAUCGGGAAUUUAUCUGAAAGUGACUGGCAUGCAAAAUCAUUAUGUGAAGCUGGUGCAAUCCAAGCUUUGAUUAAUCUUCUACAAUUAGAUACAUAUAUGCAAACAUACUUAAUGGCUGUCAGAGCAGUAAGGAAUAUUUGGAAUACAUAUGAAGGUAGUAGAGAAGAAAUCUUAGAGUCUGGAGUAAUAUUUAGAAUUACAUGUUUAUUGGUAUUGGCAAAAGAAAAAUCAGAAACAGAUAAAAAGUAUGUGGAGCUAAUAGAAACCUGUUUAAAAGCCAUAUGUGCUUUUCUGGCCACAUUGGAUCCACGAGUUGGAGAACAAUUACGAGGAGAAAAAGAUAUACAGGGUUAUAAAAGUAUUGUGCAAUGCUGUGAUAUGAACAAUAAAGUGGCAAUUAGGUGUUUGUACAAUCUUUGCCAAAUUGCAGAAUGUCGUCCCAUUUUAGGAAAUUUUGGUGCUAUUGAAACUUUUAUUGCCCUUAUUAAAGAUCAUUUGGAAUUAUCUAAGGAAACAUUAGUCACUUUAUGUUUGUUCUGUAGAGAAGCUGUAAAUCGUGCAAGAAUUAGGAUGGCAUCGGGUUUAGAAUUAAUGUUGUCUUUACUGAAAGAUACUGAGAAUGAAAAAUAUCAUCCCAUGUUAUUACAUGCUUUAGCGCAAUUUGUUUAUGAUGAUCCAAGCAUUACAAUAAUGGUAAAAAAUGGUUUGCUUGACGUUUUAGUUGUUAGAUUAAAGAAAAUGGUAACUGAAGAUGUAUCUAACGAGAGAACAAACGUUUCAAAGAAAAGAGAAAAUGAUUCUCCUCCUAGUAGACAAACGGAAUUAAAAUACAAUAAGACGAAUUUAGGAAGAUUUAGUUCAGACUAUUAUCGAGAUGACUGGAGUCCAGGAAGUGCUACUAGUGUUUCCUCUUCACCUCCCAGUACACCACCAUUACCUUUUUAUGAUUCUAUUGAAAAUGACGAAAAUGCCGAGGAUAAUUAUAGUCCAGUUUGUAGUGAUACAGAGAUUAUGGAUACAGAAGAUGAACCCCAAGCAGAAGUUGAGUCAUUAAAGAGUUGUAAAUCAAUAACUAUAGAUAUAGAAGAGUCUCAGAAUGUGGGAAAGGAAACUAAAUCGUCGAAUGUGUGGGAGUAUGCAAAUGUGUGGACAUUAGUAUUACUAAGUCGAUUAAGUCAUUCAAAUGAUCCAAUUGAUCGGUUGGCCGAUCCCGCAACCAUUGAAGCGUUGUCAGCUUACAUUAGACACGCGAAAAAUCCAAGAGCAUCUAGAAUUUUAACUAGAAUUAUAAGGAAUGGAGCGUAUUUAAUGCCAUUGUUAAAACAAGGGUUCGUUUUUGAAGCUGAAACGUUGUACGGUUCGGAACAAUAUACGAGACAGUUAUGUGUUUUAGCAGAAACCGGUGGAGCAGUAGGUGAACUUACAUCUAUACUGCUUCGCGGAGAGGAAGCUCAUAAAUUGGUUAUCGCAGUUUCGAUACCAUUCCUAAUCAAGUCGCGAUAUAUUCUAAAAUCGCUACUGAACAAUCACGGUGGUCUUCAAUUAAUAUUUCACGUUCUAUCUGACCAACAACAUGUUCUUCACGAAAACGCUAUUUGGUCAAUUUGUCGACUAGCAAACACGCUUGAAAUUCAACCUGAGAUUAUAGAGAAGUGUCAAAUCACUGACACUGCUUCGACUGAUUUUCCAAGAGUAUAUGACAAUCACCCCAAACCUGCAAUGGUUACAUUUGAACUGGACGACGGUACGACUGUCGACGCUUGUAGGCAAACGCUGUGUCAAAAAUCGGACGCAUUUUCCGCCAUGCUUGAAGGGUACUUUUCAGAAUCGGGCAAGAAACGUGUUAAAUUACGAAACACAUCGAAAGAAGGUCUUAACACAUUAUUGUUAGCUGCUAAUGGAGCAACUUUCGAAAAUAGAACUAUUGAAUCAUUGCUAGAUGCCGUGCUAUUGGCUGAUAAAUUUCUUAUGGCUGAUAUAUCAGAUAUUCUUACAGAAAGUUCCAUUUCUCAGUUAAAUUAUAAAAACUUCAGUAAAGCGUGGAACUGGGCGAGAGUGAAUUCGUGCCAUGAAUUGAAAUCCUGUUGCGUGAAGAGGUUUCUGACAGCCCCGAUGACAAAGCCUGAAAGAGUUCAAGCAUUUCAAGAUUUUUCUACCACUGAAAGUUUUCAGGAAUUUCUAGACGAAAUAAGAAAAAUCAUCAACAGCGUUUUGUGCCAACGUUAAUGACGAAUUAUUUUCAUAUAUACAGGGUGUUUCGAUACGGUUACUAAAACCGGGCAUGCUUAAAUUUAUGGAGAAGUAAAUCAAAAAUACAGAAUGAAUAACGAUGUUUUGUUAUUUUUUAUUAUACUAUCCACACCGAAACACCCUGUGAAAUUGUGAUAUUUACUAGCGGUGACGUAAGCAACUAUUAUAAUUAUGAUGAUUUAAUCAUUUAAUCAACAUUCUUUAAGUAGAAAGCACUUAAUGAGACUUUUAUAUAAUGAAACAUUCGGUUCGUACUAUAUUUCGAUCAUGCUUAUUGUGAAUAUAUUCUAAGACAUGGAAUUGAUGUAUAAAUAUACAAUUUAUAAGUGUCAUUUAAUUAUAAAUAUAUAUUUAAAUGCUGAUAAUUGUACAUAAUUACAUGCGUGCGCGUACAUACACAAACAUGUAUUUAUCUAUAAUGACGAAAAUAUUUCAAUCUUAGUUUAUUCGAUAUAAAUGUAAAUGGGUAAUACAUUGUUUCGGAGGAACAAAUAAAUAAAAAAUAGAAAAUGAGAAA